AAAGCAACAGCCAUAGCGCGAUAUGAACUCCAACUUCCAAGACCUGUGUACAUGUGCUCGUCGCGAACCUGCCACUGAUCCAGCAAACGAACAAACGAAGUACCAAAUUGGCACGCAAGUCCAUCAUAUAUGGAUGAUCGCGAAUACUAAGUGAUCGCGAUCAUCCAAAUCGGUGAGCAAAGGGAUAUACUUACCUUCGAACCUCCCGUCUUGCCAGCAGACUCCAAGUUCAAAGCACUCGGCUUCAGCGACGUUGCUGGCAAGUCUAUCAUAGGUUUGUUCAUGAAACAGAGCAAGUCGGGCAUGCAUUUAGAGACUCCGAGUCUACCAAGAGACUCACACUGUCAAACGUUAUGGACGCCGCAACGAACACCUGUAGUGCCUGGCGCCCCGAGAAGAAUCUCACCUUGUUCAGAGUCCGUUUAGUGUCCUCGUGUUUCUACAUGGAAACUAAUAGGAAUCUUUAACUGUUUCACUUGAGGAACUUGAACUACUUGGCAUCUACAUAUGAGCACUAACCAAUAGCCUGAGGUCACUCGACGAAGUGAAGAAAUGCGGUGUCAAUGAAAAACCUACUCGCCUUUUCCCGAGAAGGUUGAUCAGAAUAUCUAGGGAGUCGGUAACUAGCUCGGUUAUUGCACUCUCGAUCGGCAUGAAUUUUGAUUCAAAUACUGGGGCUCACCCGAGAUUCUACCCCGCCACACUGCCUUCCCCUCCAAGAUGCUACCCCAACUUCCAUGGGAUAAGACGUACAUUGUCGCUACAUGGAUUGAGACUCUCGUCUACGGUUUUUUUUCUUUGUCUUUUCUCGGCCACCAUAUACGUGAAUUUCUACAUACGGAAGGGCCAUGACAGUCACAGCCAGACGAUGUUCUUUAUCGGUGUUGUAAUGUUUGUGCUGGCCACGAUGCAUCUCGCCAUGAAUUGCUACAGGCUUGUCCGAGGAUAUGUGGACUUCGCUUUGGCUCCUGGUGGAGCGGCAGCAUAUUUGAGCAACUUGGCUCUGUGGGACCAUAUCUUCAAGGACACCAUCUAUGCUACAACGGAGAUGCUUGGAGAUGCCGUUUCGAUUUACCGGUGCUGGAUUGUGUGGGAUCGCAACUAUAAGAUCAUCGCCCUGCCCACAGUGUUGCUCCUCGUUAGCAUUGUCUCCGGCUACAUGGUGUGCGGACUGUACUCGACCUUCGAUCCGUCCCAGUCCGUCUUCGACCCUAAGUUGACGCAUUGGGUUAGGACCUUCUAUUCAGUCGCAGUCGUGCAGUCGGCUAUGACCACAGGUCUCAUGGGCUAUCGUAUCUGGCAAGCUGAGAAGCGUACGGCGGCUUAUCGGACAGGCCGAAGUUCUUUGCGUCCCAUUCUGUGGAUCCUCGUGGAGUCAGCGUCCCUGCUAUUUUUCGUGGAACUUGUGCUCCUUGCACUGUAUGCUGCCAACUACAACUGUCAGUAUCUGAUGCUUGAACCUGUGACCCCGCUCGUGGGGAUCACGUUCACCGCAAUUACGCUUCGGAUCGCUUUACGCUCUACAGAAGCAACAAAGAAGAGCACUAGCUCGGGCCCACGACAUCCCCCUGAAUCAGAAUUUGGAACAAUCGGUUCCAUUCCCAUGCGCCCUAUUGCUAUUAACAUCAGCAAGGAUGUGGAAGCGCAUGGCGGCAGCGAUGGAACUUCCUAUGUCGAGUAUGACAAGACAGACGGGAAGGAGCACAUUGAUGGUUAGGACACGGAAGUCAGUGUACUGUUCGUAGGCAAGCUCUACAAAAUAUCUACAAUCACCUGUAUCAGCGUUUUUGAUAUAUCCUCUCAUUUCCUUCUUUGCUUUCCCUCGCUUUCCCUUGCUUUCCUUUCGCUUGCCAUUCCAGAACCCACCUGUCCUUACAGAAGUAGACAGCGUCCAUAGAAUGGCUCUGCGAUAAUAACUUCUAGUUGAAUAAGAAUUUUGAUAUUUUCGAAGGACCUUGAGGUUUAGCUACUUCAUAAUUGAGCGCGCAGGUCGAGUUCUUCACAGACGAUCCAUAGAAACACGGUUGCACCUGAUGUGAAACGAAUCAUUGCACUCUUCGCCAUGUCGCACACCAUGCAUGGGAAGUAUCAACUGUCCACCGCUCUUUCUCCGAAAACUCUAACUGCCCACCUAUCCUCCAGAAAGCCAUCCAAAGGCGCCGCAGCCCGCGCAUUUAGCAAUGAUACCAUUGCGGCAUAUGGGAACAAAAUGAUCUCCAGCGU